AUGGCGGACCCUGCGGCGGCGGCGGCCAUGACCGUCGACUUCCUCCGGGCGCGCCUGCUCUCCGAGCGCUCCGUCUCGCGGGCAUCCAAGGACCGCGCCGACCAGCUCGCCGCCAGGGUCGCGGAGCUGGAGCAGCAGGUCCGGGCGGUGACGGCGCAGCGGCGGCAGGCGGAGCGGGAGGCCGCGGAGGCGCUGGCCGUCCUCCAGUCCCAGGGCUUCUGCGGCAGCCUCUCCGACGUGCUCGACUCGGGCUCCGACGACGCCGACAACGCCGACGAGGAGGAGCGGGACGGGCCACGCGACGCCACGGUCACCGGCGGCGACCCUGCGCCCUGCUCCCACGGCGUGGAGGGACAGGAGCAGGCGCGGCCGCCGGAGAAGGGCGGAGCGGAGGAGGAGGAGGACGCCAUGUCCGGGACGGCCCUGCAGCCCGGCCCCGGCGGGCUGUCGUGGAAAGGCCGGUGCGCGAGCCCGCGGAGGGCCAGGCAGCUCAAGCAGCGGCACCGCCGGAGCUACGUCUACUUCCUGGCCUCGCAAUCGGAUCCCGAGCCCAAGUACCGGAUGGGCCAGUCCUGCCGGAAGAACAAGCGCAAGGAGCUCAGCGGCGUUGCCGCGGUGCUCGCGGAGAGUCGGAAGGAACAGCGAGAUGGAUCGAGCUGCACCGACGAUGGCCGCCGGACCGAGUUUGACGGCGAGGUGGUGGGCGGAGAAGGCCAGCGGGGCUCGGGGGAGAGCGGUGGCCAGUACGUGAUCAGGCGCGACAACAACGAUGGGGAGAUGGAGAGGGUGCUGGAGAAGCAGGCCGAGCUGAUCGGGCAGCAUGAGGCCGAGGAGAAGGCUCAGACGGACUGGGAAAAGAAAUUCAACGACACCCGGAGUUCACCCAACAAGGGUGGCACGGAGGCAGAUUGCCAAGUGCAGGCGAGAUCAGGUGGCGAAAAGCAACUCGUUUCUAGUAGAGCACUCAAGAACGCAUCGGAAGAAAUAGCGCGGGCCGCUGCCAUUUCAGCACAAGGGAGCUCCUGCUACAGCGCGGCCACGAGACGAAGCCGGGACCAGCAAGGAGACGCCAAUUCAGACGGCUGCUCGAGCCGAUACACGAACUCCGCGUCGUCCGGGCUCGGCGCCGUCAAGGCGGCGCCAUCGGAGUCGAGCCCGUCGGUCAGCAAGGUCUCGGACUGGAGCUCGUCGCGCUUCCACGAUCACGGCGACGACCAGCACGGCACCGUCGACGUGGAGAGCGUCCUCCAGGCCCUGCAGCGCGCCAGGAUCUCCCUGAGGCAGAAGCUGGACAGGCCGCUCCCGCCCAGCCAGGUGACGCUGGCGCUCCCGGCACCGGGCGACGAGUACCGUGGCGCGGACCUCUACGGCGACGACGACGGCGACGGCAGCAGUUCGUACAGGGGCUGCCGUGGUGACCACGACCAUGGAAGGGAACAAAGCCUUUCGGUCGACGGCUCCGACGCCUGGCUCACGGAGAAACCGAGCGGUUCGAGCCCUCCACGGCAGGAGAUCCUGGCUCUCCCGGCCCCGGGCGGCGACGAUCGCGGGAGGGAGGACGACGUGAAGAUCCCCGUCGGCAGCCCGGGACUCUUCCGGCUGCCGACGGACUCGUUCCCAAACGACGAGGCGCUGCCAAGAAGUAACGAGCUCGGGCUGAGGGAGGCUGCCCGACACGACACAUACAGAGAUGACGGCGCUUGGGUUCCAGCUUCUGGGAAGCAGUUGUAUGAUCCUCCUGCUUCUGGCAGGUGCAGCGUUCCACCAGGCUCAGGCUUCCUCUCUGGGGUCACAGCAGGACUCCCGGAAGACCUGAGGAAGGGGAGAGGUGCCCUUGGAGACGCAGACCUGUUCAUGGAGCGCGGCUGUGGGUACACCGUUUCUAACAAGUGGAUGAUGUAGCCUGUGUUUGCUGUUGAUCGUAUAGAGCGUGUGUUGACGGCAGUGGCGCGUAUGGUCUGCGCUCUCGUAGCGUUGUCAAGCACAACAACCAGUUUGUUCACCCGUGCUAGCCUCGCCCAAGGCAAGACAGGAAAAGCUGCAUGGCUUUUCGCCGAUUGCAUGCGUUA